AUGGUUGAUAAUAAGAAUAACUGUUUUCUCAAAGUUUUUCUCUUUACUUUGGUAAUUUUGACCAUCCAAGGCUUUAACGAAAGUUUUUCCCCAUCUGUGCAAAAGAGCUCAGGAAAUGGAGCCCAGGUGGCUAGCAGACUGUUAAUGGAUGAUUUGUUGGAUGGCAGUACUUUAACCGUUGCCUUAGCCGGCGAGACGGAAGGUUCAUCAAACAACCUAGCAGUUCAUGACACCGAGAGCCAAGUAGACGAAAUGGGAAGUGUUGGAAAUCUCUCCGUAUGCAGUACCAUUGAUGGUGAUGCCCAAGUACCCAAAGGAGAUGUGUCUGGAAAGAAAAAAAAAUCAUCCAGGGAAAAGGUCUACGGAAACAAUUUAAUGGGAGAGACCACCAUGGCCGAUAUGGAAUAUGAACAGAAUUUCAUGAGAAAGUGUAGAUAUCAAAAGAGAACAGGAAUGUCUCCCAAGAAAUUUGUUAGAUUGCUCAAGAAACACCACUACAUUAUUCCAAUUCUUUUUAUUGCUGUGGUGUCAGGGAUAUUUCAAAGUUGGAAAGUAGCAUUAGGAGUGAUGAUACUAUAUCUAGUGUUCUUGGGAUUCGUAUACAUAUGCAAAAAAAACUAA